CGGAGCUGACCUGGAAACCUGUCUUUGGCCAUUGUUCUAUCUAAGGAACUCACCUUCCAGAGCUCGCCCACACAGAGCUGGCGGGGUGUCCGCUUAGGAGCAGAGGCAAUGGCGAUCUUCAGGCAGUUGUCCUUGGGCGCAAAGGCCGCCCUGGCUGCCGGCACUGUCUUCGUGUCCAUGGUUGUCUCCCGGUCCUACCUGGCAGAGAGCCUGGAGUUCAGGGCCUGGCGAUGCCUGUUCCGCCUGCAGCUAGCCCUGUUUGCCAACUCGCUCAUGCUCCUCGGUUCCAUCUACAUCUGGCGUAGCACCGUCAGCAAUCUCAGGCAUUCCCCGGCUGCAGAGUCAGCCUGCUUCCAGCUCUGGAAGAUGAUCAUUGCGGCCUUCCUGGCCCUGGCGCAUUCCAGCUUCUUCACCAUGAUCUUUCUAGUGGCCGAGGAGCCCUAUCUCUUUUCCCUGGUUGCCUACACCUGCCUUGGGGCGUAUGUCAUCAUGCUCUGCUUCCUCUGUGUCCUCAGCGGCAUGGAGCAGGCCUACCAGCUCCUGGCCUGGCGCGCCGGCAGGGCGGUGGGCAGCCUUGACAAGACCAGGAAGCUUGCCCUCCGGCCGGCACUGGUGGUGGUGGUGACCACGGUGCUCAGCGUGGUGGGGCUGUUGAACGCUGCCCAGCCCCCAGCGGUGACCACUGUGGAGGUGCCCAUGCAUCGGCUGCACCCCUCCAUGAACGCCCUCAAGAUCGUGCUCCUCUCGGACAUCCACCUGGGCCCCACAGUGGGCAGGACAAAGAUGGACAUGUUUGUGAGGAUGGUGAACACGCUGGAGCCAGACGUCACGGUGAUCGUGGGCGACCUGUGCGAUUCCGAAGCCUCUGUCCUGCGCACGGCUGUGGCUCCUCUGGGCCAGCUGCGUUCACGCCUGGGCACCUACUUCGUCACGGGCAAUCACGAGUAUUACACGUCAGAUGUCAGCAACUGGUUUGCACUGCUGAUGUCCCUGAACGUCCAGCCCCUCCACAAUGAGAACGUGAGGAUUUCUGCCACCGGGGCCCACAGUGAGGAUGACGACUGGAUCUGCCUGGCUGGGGUGGAUGACAUCGAAGCGAACAUCCUGCACUACACUGGCCAUGGCAUGGACCUGGAGAAGGCCCUGGAGGGCUGCAGCCCAGACCACCCCACCAUCCUGCUAGCUCACCAGCCCCUGGCUGCCAAGAGAGCCCUCCAGGCCCGGCCAGAUAUUAAUCUGAUCCUUUCUGGGCACACGCAUGCUGGGCAGAUCUUCCCCUUGAACGUGGCAGCCUAUCUCCUGAACCCCUUCUUUGCUGGUCUCUACCAGGUGGCUGAGUCUACAUUUGUAUAUGUGAGCCCAGGCACGGCCUAUUAUGGGAUACCCAUGCGUCUGGGCAGCAGGGCAGAAAUUACCCAGCUCAUCCUGCGGCCCGCCCCCUGACCCCAUCCCUGCCUGCCCCCCACGCGCCUGCCUCCUUGUUGCCCUUGUCCUCUGUCCCCAUCCCUCUGCAGGGCAGGCCGCCCAUCUACCCCUUCCAGCCACCCCUGCCAACCCACACUUGUCACAAGACUGGCUGGCACCGUGAUCUGUGCUGAGGCUGCCUGGCAAGUCCAGGGAGGUUAACUCUGCAGAUGACCACCUGCUUUUUCAUACGCAUUUGUGAGGCCACUCAAGUAACAUGUGUAAGGAUGGGCAUCUAUUUUCCAAAUGAUGUGGAGUAAGCCCUUCUCUGCAGAACUCACAAGGAUAUCUUGAAAACAGGGGUUGCUAAAUAGCGAUGCCUCUGGCAAGUGGAACAGGGAGGGGACUCUUUGUGUUCUAAAAAUCUUUCGAGCCUAAGCAGUUUCCAGAAAUCAGUGAUUCUGAGCUUUCUGGGGAAGGGGCAGUGGGGCUAGGUAAUCCAAACCGUCUGGAAUACAGGGUCCCUCCUGUUCCUCUGGGCCCUGAUUGAAGCUCUCUAACUGGCUGCUGGACCUUUGGGAUUGGGGGUGGAGUGGAGGGAUGUGAGCACUGCGAGAUGAAGGUCAUGGUGCUGCUGCCUAGAAUUCAGAGGGUGCUUGCCAACCUUGACUCCAUUUGUAUUACAACACUUGGAUGGAGUGAUUAGGGACAGGCAACUUGCCCUUGCUGAGCGAUGAAGAAACGAAGGCAAAGGGAAGUUAGGGCACUGGCAACAUUGCAAGGGUUGUGGGAGAUUCUGGGCUGAGAGCCAGGUUUCCACCUCCCAACAGAAGUGUUCUUCCCACUGCCUGAAUCCUUACAGGUGAGAACAGGAUUCAAACACAAGUAACAGUAUCGAGAAGGGCCUGGAACCUGAUGUCCUUUCCAAGUGCUCUCCUUGAGGCUGAUUUCAGUUCAUCAUAACUACAUGGGCCGGCCCUGGAAGGGGGUUAGACAGUUUCAAUGCAGGGCAACUGUUACACAGGAGGGACAGCCAGGAAACUGAAGAUCACACGCUCCACCCCAGGUUGGGGUAAGAAAUGGGGGUUUGCACUCUCCCAAUGCGGAGGUUAAGUCUUGUAUCGGGAGUGGCCAGGGCCUUUCCUCCCUGGGGGUCCUGGCUUUGGGAUGCUGGGCUAUCUUUCCUCUCCAGCUGAACCCAUCAGAGUUACCCUUGCGCUUUGGUCAUGGAACCAGAAGGCCAUCCCUGUGCUGGAUCCACAGAAAAAGAGUCAGGAGUCAAUAUGUCUGGAGCAGCCCUGACCCCACUGGCUGGCCUCUGUGCCAGAGACAGGGGACCCUGUGACCCUGGGCUAGCAGUAAAUCCUGAUAGAAAAGGCCUCAGUGGGAAUCUUUCUGUGAUCUCUGCCCCGGGGGCAGGCGGGGGGGAGCGGGGGUGGCGCUCCUCACCUUCCUGCUCACUUGUCAGGCAGCAUUGGGCAAACUUGACGUCACUGAGCCUCAGUUUCCCUCACCCUAAAAUGGGGAUAAUUACUGUGUGUACCUCAAGAUUGUUUUGAGGGGAGGGUAUUAAAACAUGGUGCAAA